UAGAGUUUCAUAGUUUGUCUAUGAACUCCAAUUUCAAAUAAAAACGUUAAGAAUACCGGACUGUUGCGAAAAUAUUAAAUUUUGGAGCUUUUUCGAAAGUAAAUGAAACGUAAACAAAAAUAUAAUAUGCAUAUUAAUUGAUUUAUUGACAUCAUUAUUAUUCACUUGUGUGAUGGAGCCCUCAAAAGAAGCUAUCGCUGUUCGUGUUAUGCGGUUAAACCGGCAAAUUUUGGGCAAAGUGACCAGUGGACCCAGUAAACUUAGCAAGAAAAUAGAUCGAGAAUCGUUGUUGGAUGCUUUAACAGUUCUUUAUGAUGAGUGUAACGAAGAUCCCGUCAAAAAAUGUGAUGAACUUGUGCGGAUUUUCCUGGACAAAUAUCGAAGCACUCUGGCUGAGUUGCGGAGAGCCAGAGUAUGUGUGUCAGAUUUUGAGAUGCUUCAAAUGAUUGGCCGUGGCCACUACGGCGAAGUACAUAUGGUACGUGAGAAACAAACUGGGGAUGUGUAUGCACUGAAAAGUGUCCGCAAAGAUGAGGCACGGAAAAGAGUGUCCGGAGCAGAGGAUGAGAGGGAAAUACUUGCCACUGGAGUACCACAUUGGAUACCUCGGCUGCAAUAUGCCUUUCAGGAUAGCAGCAAUUUGUAUCUAGUGAUGGAGUUGUGCAGCGGAGGUGAUCUAUCAGGCUUACUGUCACGACGCAACCACCCACUGUCUGAGCGAGACGCAGCUUUCUAUAUUGCUGAAGUGGCUCACGCUCUUAAAGCAUUGCAUGCUAUGGGAUUUGUACAUCGAGACGUUAAACCGCAAAACAUACUGUUGGACAGAUGCGGCCACGUGAAGCUGGGCGACUACGGCUCGUGCGCGCGACUGUCGGAAGGCGGCUGCGUGGCGGGCGCCACCGCUGACUACGUGGCGCCCGAGCUGCUGGACGCGUGCGGCGCGCACACUGUGUGUCUCGAGUACUGCCGCCGCGCUAACACGGCCAUUUCGGCAUGCGACUACUGGUCGCUCGGUGUGGUCGCGUUCGAGCUGGUCACACUAAAGCUACCGUUCUCUUCCGGUGAAGACGACUCGGUUGCAAAGAUACUGAGCAAUAUACAAAGGUACGAACGUGACGCUAACGCCUCACCGCCGUUCGAGCCCCUGCCCGGCGGCCCGUCCAACACGUGGCGCGCGUUCGUGAGUGGCCUGCUGCGCGUGUCGCCCGCGCGCCGGUACAACUACCUCGACACGCUGCAGCACCCCGCGCUGGCGCAUCUAGCGCUGCACGCCAUCAGAGACCAGGUGCCGCCGUGGGUACCUCAUCUUCGCGGUCCCGAAGAUGCCACCUUCCUCCCGUGUCCAACGAGAGAGGCCUCGCCGCCUUCCGCUGCACCCUUUAGAACGAGGCCACCGUUUGCUGGACACCUACCUUUUGUGGGUUACUCAUACAUAGCAUCAGAUGAAAUUGACGAAAGCAGCAGCGGAUUCAACGCGUCGCAUGAUUGUACAACUAUAGAUUUGGCUACAUUUAAAUCUGCGGAAAAGUUAGCUGUGAUGCGUGGGCGUGAAAUAGCGUCGUUACAAAGCAAGUUGGCCGCGGCCGAGUCGGCCUCCAGCGCGGCGGCCGAGCGCGCGCGCCGAGACGCCGACGCCGAGGCCGAAAUACAGCGCGCCAAGCUACAAGCCGAAAUCACCGCCCUCACCUUACAGAACAAACGUCUCGAGCGCCAAAUCGAGGUGGAAAAAGAAGAACGGAUGGCGUUACAACGCACCAACCAAGAGCUGCGGUCGGGCAUCGUGGAGCGCACCAACAGCGAGCUGAGGGUCGUACAGGGUCAGGCCUCCGAGCUGCAGACGGAGAGGGACUUGUUGAAGGCAGACCUCACGCGAGUGGAGGCGAGGGUGAAGGAGCUCCAGAACGAAUGCUCCAGCGCUCUGGCUGCGGCGGACACGGCAAGGGCGCAACAUAAACAUUACAAGGACACAGUGGCUAAGGAGCGCGCCCUGCGUCGUCAGACGCUCAGUGGUGGCGAGGCGGACGGCGCGCGCGUGGCUACGGCUGAGGCGAGCGCUGCGCGAGAGCUACGUGCGCGCCGCGACGCUGAGGCGCGUCUAGCCGCCGCCGACCACGAGACCGGACAACUGCGUGCGCACGUGGAGCAACUGAAGGACCAAUUGAACGCCGCGCAGGAAACUGCUCAUGAAAAGGAACGCGUGUUGGCAGGGACGCAUCAACAGCUCAACCAGAUUCAAGUGCAGUUGGCGCAAGAACGCAUGCGUUGUUCUUCACUGGCCGCACAAGUUCAGGAGUUAGAAAAGGGCAUAGGCGAGGCAGCACAGCGGGAAGCGGCGCUGGAGGAGCAGAGCGCGCGCACCGAGGCGCGGCUGCAGCAGCGCUGCGAGGCGGCUGAGACACGAGCCUCCGCCGCGCUGCAUGACGACGCCAGGCACAGGGAAAAGGUGAACACGCUAGAAAAGCUCGUCCGUCAACUCGAGCGCGAAGUCAGCGCUUUAGAGAAACGUACGUGCACCCGGUGCGCUGUGAACAGCGCUGAAUCCGCUGCGAAGGGUCAAGUCACCAGCAGCACCAACACAGACGAACCUGAAGAGAUAGAGAACAGAGACAACAGGAGCGACACAGAGAGUGUCACAGAUGCACAUGUGCAGGCGCAGGUCUCUGUGCUCAAGGAACAGUUGGAACGCGCUGAGGCACAGUUACAGGCCCGAGCUGAAGAAAUAGCGACUCUUCGCCAGGAAACACGAGCUGCCAAUUUGGCAAGAUGGCGAAAGGAAAAAGAGUUUGAUACUUUAUCUCUCGACGCUAAAAUAACAGCAAGAGAGCUAAAGCGAACAGAAGAACGUCUCGCGUCCGCGCUCGAAGCGCGAAAGUCAGCCGAAGAGAAAGCUGGCUUAGUGCACAAGGAGAUCACUACAAUAAAACCUCAGUAUGAACAAAUCAAGAAAGAGGUGGAGAAACUAAGGGAACAGGUUGAUAAAUUGCAGAAAACUAACCAAGUUUUGCAGGCUGAGGUUGACAGGUCACGCAACGACAUCCGCAAGCUGAAGAGCGAGGUGCAGUACAGCGAGAAGCGGCGCCUGCACGCCGAGGAGCAGGAGGAGCUGUCGUCGCGCGAGCGAGCGCAGCUGCGCGAUGAGCUGGCACCGCUGCGCGCGCAAAACAACGACCUGAUACAGAAUAAUAAAGCAUUACAAGAAGCUUGCAGCCUGCUGGAGGAACAGCUUACUGAUCUGGAGAAGCUGGCGGAUCUACACGAGUCCAAAAAUAAUGAUCUCGAGGCGGAAACGGCUCGCUUGCGUAUCGAGUUGGAAUCGUGUCGGGAGCGUUUAGCAGAGACGGAGCGGCAAGGCACGGACCGGGCGGCGGCUGCGACGCUUUCCGACCAGCGCGCGGCGGAGGCGCACGAACAACUGCGCCUUGCCAACACGCAUCUAGACAUCUUGCGGGAGCGACUUGAAAACCGCGAGUCUCUGCUGGCGGAGCUGGAGAGCCGGGUGGCCAUGCUGGAGAGCGAGCUGGCGUCGCGCGACGCGGCGCUGGGCAGCGCGGCGCGGCGCGUGCGCGACCUGCAGGAGGAGUGCGCCGCGCUGCGCACGCGCGCGCACCACCACCACGAGCAGGCGCUGCAGCUGCAGGCGAGCCUCGCCGACGCGCAGGAGGAAGCGGAGGCGGCGCGCGAGGCGCACGCGGCGGCGGCGGCGUGGUGGCGCACGCGCGAGACCAAGGCGGACGCCACGCUGCGCCAGCAGGCCAAGCUCAUCGACUUCCUGCAGGCCAAGGUAGAAGAAGCGGGCCGGAAAAAGUGCUCUCUAAGCAAUAAACUGUUCGGACGGUCUGGUCGUCGCACUGCCGCCUCGCCGCCUUUACUGAGGGUCAACAGAGAACUGCGCGAAGAGGUGGAACGAUUACGUGCAAAACUCUCGGCGGCAAACGCUAACGGAGAAGUCAAUUUUAUGCCAACACCGAGGCGAGAGAGGAAAGAAAAACCAAAGAUAAUUGUAAAUAGUACGUUUGACAUCGACACUCCAGACGGAAAUGACGAUUCUUUACUAAUAAUCUGGGCGGACGGGUCCCGGGAGCGCACGCAGGCGCGCGCGGCGGAGAGCACGUUGCUGUUGCAGCGCGGCGAGAACGAACUGCGCGCUCGGCUUGCGUCGCCCGACGCACGGGACUUGCCGCACAACGAAGCCAACAGAGCCUUCACUAUUAAAUUGGAAAAUGGCGGAGCAGAAGCAGUGGUGAUAUGCUCGAGUAUAUCGGCGCGCUCAGCGUGGCUCGACAAGCUGCGGGCGAGCGGCGCUCGCGUCGCUGGCUACGAGCCUCCCGCACUGCUGCGCACGCGUGCGCUGCCCGCCGCCGCACUGUAUGUGGACGACGAAGCACUGGCUAUAGGUUGUGAGGACGGUCUGCACUCUCUCCGCGGGCCCGUACGCGUGGAGUGGGAGGGGGACGUGUCGCCGCCGCGCCGCGCCGCGCCCGCGUGCGCGCAGCUGGCGGCGGCGGGCGCGCGCGCCGUGCUCGUGGUGGGCGGGCUGCUGGCGCACGCGGCGCUGCCAGCGCUCAGCUCGGCGCUGCGCCGCGCGCCCGCCCUGCGCCCCCUCGCCGCGCUCGCCAGGGUGCAGCUACCCGACAACACUACUCCACAUAUCGUCAAGGGCAUUGUGGGAGUAACGGACGGGCACUGCGCCGCGGUGGCCUGCGGGCGUCGUGUGUUCGUGCUGCGCUACGACGGUGCGAGCGCCGAGUUCAAGGUAUCGCGCUCACUCACCGUCGACCGCGCGCCCUAUGCUUUGUUGCUGACACACAACGUCAUAUACAUCGCGGGCGAAAAACCUCUGAAAGUCAACCUACCCUCCGGAGCACUGGAGGCCUUCGCCAUGGACGAACCCACCGUCGCUGCAGCGUUCAAGAAGCAUUCCCCACCGAAAGCGAUUGCGCAAAUCCGUAACAAACCCGUAGAAUUACUUCUCUGUUACGCCGAAUGUGGGGUGUUCGUCGAUGAGAACGGAAAACGAACACGCAACGAAGACCCCAAGUGGAGCACAGCAGUGCACGCUUGGGAGUACGUCAGUCCUUUCCUCUACGCUGUGGGCGCUGACCGAGUUACCAUUAUUUAUAUAAGCGACGAAACGUACCGGGCGCCGCCCUGUACAUGCGACACGACUUCACAAGCUUCAACGGCAUCGGAGUGUUACCAACCAGAUAUAUUUAACUACAAGUGUACAGAACCUUCCCUAUUAGGUACGGCGCCUAAUGGUAUAAUAAUCAGAUCGAAGAUAGACGAUGAAUACAAAAUAGUCAUAGUCGAUGGUAAGGCGGCGUUUAAGAGUAUAGGCACUUCGUUAGAUUCAUUGGCGACCAUACCGGAUUCUAAAGCCUCGUCGAUGUCUGACCUAGCGCAAUGUAUGACCGACGUAUCGCCUCGCGACGUGUCUCGGGAGAGCGUGGAAUUGACUACAGGGUUCUUAGCCGACAUCAGAAAAAGAGCGCAGCAGCUACGAACGAAACAACGACAAGAAACAGCAGAUGAUGUGAUUAAAGAAAUAUUGACGACAGAUGUUGGUUUGAAACGAACUUCUAAUGGAAGGAGGUCUCCCGCUGUGGCAGAGUUCGACUCGGACACUGAGUCGGAGAGCGAGGAGGGCACGGGGUCCACUAAAUGUACGGCGGACGUUUGCGCCGAGAUGUUCUCGAGGCAAGUUCGAUUCCAAUAAACAUUCCACAUGCCAAAAGUGCUAUAUACCUGUAGGUAUUAUAUUUUAACUACAUAUAUGUUAACUUUGUAAUCCUAGUCCUUAGUUAAGUUAUCCUGAACAUAAACGAUAUGUUUUUUUGCAGACAGAUAAUAAUUAUUUAGAAACACAAAAUUACUUAAAUUCAGAACCGAAACUUUUACCUUCAACAAUAGUGACAAAUGCUGUGUGACAAUAUAAGUUCAUAUUUAAUGUAAUUUGGUUAGAACGAUAAAAGUCUGAAGGACAUUGAAGGCUCAAUAAUUAUAAUUAUCGGUAAGUUCACUUGAUAAACGUGUCAGUAAAAAAUGUGUUUAAGUACAUAAUUAGUGGUACUACGUACUUAAUUUUGGUAUGACGACAUAGCUAGGUUAUUUAUGUUAGAAAUGUGUUAUUUAUUUAUAUAAUUUACUUAUUUUUUAGUGUUACAUACUUACGCAUUUUGUACUUACAGCAUCGCUUAUUGAUAGGAAUUUUUAUAACGACAUAACAGUUAAUUUUUAGAAGAAUACUUUUCGUUAUAUUCUAUAUGGAAUCUACUUAAUAUUUUUACUUGCCUUUCGAAAAAUAUAACAAACUUGUACUGUUAUUUGAUACACACUUUUCUUUGUUUACGUAAGAUUUAAUUUUAAGUACUGUAUAAUAAUACCUAAGACAUGUUUGCCUAAUAAUAUAUACCAUAAUAAAGUAUUAUUUUUUCUAUAAAAAA